UUCAACAUAAAAGCGACUGAGACUUGUCGCUUCUUUCUUCUCCUUUCAAAAAUUCCUCGAUCAGAAGUUUGAAAGAAGCUUGAUGAAGAUGAAAUCCUUGGUCGCUUUGUUGCUUUUUGUUAGUCUUUCUCAAGGCCUCGUAAGAAUUCCAUUACACAAGAUGGAUUCCAUGCGUAAGAAACUAGCAGAAGUUGGUAUCUCAGCAGARCAAGUGUACCAAAAAACCAAGCUWAACAGGUUGGGAAAAUACAGAGGCGAAGCACCUGAACCACUGACUGACUAUAUGGACGCACAGUACUUUGGUGAAAUUCAGAUUGGGACACCCGGACAGACRUUUAAAGUAGUCUUUGAUACUGGAUCAUCSAAUCUAUGGGUUCCUUCCAAAAAAUGUUCCUGGUCAAACAUUGCAUGYUUGCUUCAUAACAAAUAUGAUUCCAGCAAAUCGUCCACAUACAAAAAAAAUGGAACAGAGUUUGCUAUUAGAUAUGGCAGUGGAAGUCUGUCUGGGUUCCUAAGCACAGACACAGUAUCGGUUGCAGGUCUCAGUGUCAAAGAUCAGACGUUUGCAGAAGCUCUGAAGGAGCCAGGUGUAACGUUUGUUGCUGCACGGUUUGAUGGUAUUCUUGGAAUGGGGUACUCAACUAUUUCUGUGGACAAAGUUGUCCCUGUUUUUUAUAACAUGGUGGCUCAGAAGCUGGUCCCAUCAGCUGUGUUCUCAUUCUACCUCAACAGGGAUGCUUCUAAGACACCAGGUGGAGAGCUUAUCUUGGGUGGGAGUGAUCCAAAGUAUUACAAGGGAAACUUCACCUACCUCACUGUCACCAAGGAAGGUUACUGGCAAUUCAAAAUGGAUGGUGUCAAUGUGAAURGAUCUAAAUUCUGUGAUGGUGGUUGCCAAGCAAUUGCUGACACAGGAACAUCCCUCAUCGCUGGCCCAACAGCAGAGAUCACAAAACUAAAUACUCUGAUCGGAGCGACCCCACUUGUSGCAGGAGAGUACAUGGUUGACUGCACAAAGAUUUCUAGUAUGCCAAAAAUAGACUUCACACUUAGUGGCAAAACAUUCACGUUGACAGCAGAACAAUAUGUAUUGAAGGUGAGUGCUUUGGGUAAAACAGAGUGUCUUAGUGGCUUCCUUGGCCUUGAUGUCCCUGCCCCAAUGGGACCUCUGUGGAUUCUGGGAGAUGUAUUUAUUGGCCCCUACUACACCGAGUUUGACUUGGCUCAUAACCGAGUCGGAUUUGCAGAAACUGUGUAGAUGUAGAAACAUUAUGCACACUGCCAACACUUAAUCUAUGAAUCAAUACUGAAAUCAUUAAGUGAGAUAUUUUCUGCAAAUAAUGAACCUUUAAAUCCGGUGACCAGGAAGAAGUCGCAAAAUGCACUCUUAUUUCAUACAAAAGUUCCUUUCGAAAUGUUAAAAAAAAGAAAGACACAAGAAGCAAGUACAUGUAAGACCUAUGUCUGUUGCUCGUUUUAGGACAAAUUGGGUGUUUAGUUUCUCAUACUUUUGUCCACCUGGGUGUCAUAUAACAUUAAGUUUAAAUACUAUACAACAGCGCCGUAGCCAGAGGAAAAUCUGAACCGAGGCACUUUAUGCGACCGGCGGAAGCGGUCGUAUCUAGGGGGUUCGCUGGCAUGCUUCCCCGAAACAUUUUGAAAUUCAGACACUCGGAAACGUGAUUUACAGCGUUUUGCCAAGCAUAUUGUGACUUUUUUUAUCUUACACCAUUGAUCGAACUUUUUUUAUUUUGGAUACGAAUUAAAGCUGAAACUCGAUAAAAUUUUACCGAGGCAAGUGCCUCGCUUGCCUGAUCGUAGCUACGGCGCUGUACAAACACUGAAGACAAGCUGUUACAUAUGAAUAUAGUGGCAGUCUAGCGUUUUGUUAACCUGUAUGCUGUAAGUUGUACUUUAAAGUUAAGCAGAGUUGUUGUUUUGAGCAGAGGACAGCUGCUUUGCAGAAUUAGUUAAUAGUUAUUAUGGUUUCCUGUGAUAAUUAUUUUUUAGGGUUUCUUUUGUUGCAUUUUGUACUAGAUAGAUUUUGUUGCAUUUUGUGUUGACAUUUUUUAUUAAAAAUUAUUAAUAAAAUCACCAUGUAACAAUUCA